AUGUCGUCAAUUCAUUUGGAGAGAGUGCAGCUCUUAACAACUGAAAAAUAUACAACUUUAAUGAGAAAAGAUGGAAUCAUUACAGAAAACACAACCAGGUAUUUACGCCAGAUUUGUCUUGGAGAGCUUCGAAUGACUGAUUGUUUCAUAUUUGUGAUAACCGUCAAUGCUUUCAAUGGCGGGGCACUCAGUAAGUGUCUGGUUACGCUCAAUCUACAUGAAAACCCUCUCUUUGGAAUGGCGCUUUCGGUUCUCGUCUUUGCCAAUAUGAAGAAAAUCGAAACCAUUUUGUUAGGUGGCUAUGAAAAAUCCAGAUUUGACAUUGGCACGUUUGAGUUUGAUGUGGCACAUACUAAACGUCAUUCAUCGUUUGUAAAAUUUCAGGAACCGGAUUCAUCUUCGGAAAUCAACAAAAAAUAUGAAAUUAAUAACUAUUCCCAUUCGCGUCUUAAUCAAUUUGAAAUGACAUUCGAUAACAUUUCUGAAAAAUCUGAAAGGCUACCUGCUACAGGGGACAUUCAAGUUUAUAUUUCAGACUCCUUGCGAUAUUUAGACUUUUCAAGAGGAGGGAGAUCAAUGUUUUUUAAUGAAAAUGCGAGAUUAAUCGGCGGUAAAAAUCUGUUUUAUAUUGACGUAAGUGACGGUGGAAUUCAUAGCUUUACAGGAACUGUAAGUGGUUUAACGGCACUUCGAGUUUUUGUACUUUCUGGUAACGACUUCUCUGAUAUGGAUGAAACAUUUUUCGAUUCGGUUUUAACAAUUGAAAUUUUAUUACUUUCUAACUGUAACUUUAAUGGUGCUAUUGAAUCGAAAGCUGGAUUGAAAGGUUUACAAAAAUUGAAAAACCUUACGAAAUUAGAUUUGUCAGGCAAUUCGUUAGAUGUUUUAGACCCAAACAUAUUCCAGCAGAAUAAUCUAACACACCUUAUACUAGCAUCCAAUCGUUUCAGGAGUUUUCCAUUCGAUAUCAAAACCACGCCAAAUCUACAAUAUCUGGAUCUUAGAUUUAACGCUCUAAUUUCUAUUCAAUCUUCUGUUUUAAAAGAAAUAGAUCACCUUGCCAGUAGAUCUAGUGGAUUUCAACUUCUCUUAAAAGGCAAUAUACUCGCGUGUGGCUGUCACAAUAUAAAUUUUCUCUCUUGGAUUCAUCAGACAGAAACCAAGUUGGACUUGAAUAGAAAUUACUCGUGCAUUGAUGAAACAGGAUCGUUGACUUACACAGCAGCCAUUACAAAUAUGGAGGCGUUUUGGAGGGCGUGUUGGGGAAGUUUUGCCCUUUCCGUUUCGAUGAUUUUGUUUUGUUUACUUGUCAUUGGAUUUGUGUUGUGCUUUUUUGUUACCAAAUAUAAAACGUAUAUCAUUUCUGGACUGUUGAAUUUGUUUAGUGAAACUUUUCUAAAGAAACCUUCCAACUACGAGAUUGGUGUCUUCAUUGGUUAUGCUGAUAGAGAUUACCAGUUCGCUUGUCAUGACCUCAGGCAGUUUAUCGAGGACACACUGGGGUUAAGGGCGUUUGUCCGUGACCGUGACCUUCCACCUACAAUAGAUCUUGCCUCUGGCAUUACUGAAGCGAUAGAGUCCAGUUGGAGAAUUCUUCUGGUCAUCAACGAGACGUUUCUUACCUCUGACGACUGGUUCCUGUUUACCUGUAGAUCGGCCAUUUAUUCCACGUCACCUGGAAAUCCUAACAGAGUUGUCGUCCUUGUUGAAGAACUGUUAUGUCACCGUCUACCGCGUGACCUACUUGCAGGUGUAUCAGAAGAGAAUAUAAUUUUUAUGUCAGGACCAGAGCUGGACUACCAGCUGAAGGAAAGCAUCAGAACUCGUCUUGUUGUUUGA